AUGAACAGGGGACAUGUGACCUCCAGUUGCUGCUGCAAGUCCCACGGGGUGAUCGGUGGUGAACAGGGCCUGACUCAGCCCAGCAUCUCCCAGCCCGGCCCAGGGCCCGUCGCAGCAUCUCCCAGCCCGGCCCAGGGCCCGUCGCAGCAUCUCCCAGCCCGGCCCAGCCCAGGGUUCAGCUCAGCAACUCCCAGCCCAGCAUCUCCCAGCCCGGCCUGGCCCAGGGCCCAGCCCGGCCUGGCCCAGGGCCCAGCCCAGCAUCUCCCAGCCCGGCCCAGGGCCCGUCGCAGCAUCUCCCAGCCUGGCCCAGCUCAGCAACUCCCAGCCCAGCAUCUCCCAGCCCGGCCUGGCCCAGGGCCCAGCCCAGCAUCUCCCAGCCCGGCCCGGCCCAGCCCAGCAUCUCCCAGCCCGGCCCGGCCCAGGGUUCAGCCCAGCAUCUCCCAGCCCGGCCCGGCCCAGGGCCCAGCCCAGCAUCUCCCAGCCCGGCCCGGCCCAGGGCCCAGCCCAGCAUCUCCCAGCCCGGCCUAG